AUGUAUGAAGAAAUGCGUUCCGUGGCUGACGACACUACGCGGCGCUGCUCGCUUCCCUCAAUGAAAGCAUCUACUUCCAAUGUGAGCAGCAGCGCCAACAACAACAGCAGCAGCAGCAGCAGCAGCAGCAGCAGCAACAACAACGCUUUGGGAGAAGGGCGCCGCCUGCCGCCUCUUCCACGUAUGGAUCCUCUUCCUCGUGGCCCCUUCAACCCCUUCAACAAGGACGUUCUCGGACCGCUUACACCGGGAGUCCACGACUCAUUCCAGCUCAAGUCCCCAUGGUCGGGCAACGAGCAGAUCAACGCACCCCCCUCACCUGCAAACUCCGCUGAAAGCUCCUGGCAGGAGUCCUUUGCCGCUCAGCGAGCUGGAUCCACUGAAUGGCCUACCGAUCUGACCCAAACCGAAAUCAUGGCACUCGUUGCACCCCAAAAUAUUAACCGCAAAGCACCUCUUCAACAGCUUUGCGGACGCAAGCGAAAAGGUAGCCCUGUGUCACCAGAUCCCGAAGAUCAGCGGGAGAAGCAUCGCAUCGCGGAGGGGAACCGUCGCAAGAACCUCAGCCAACUCCACCGGGAGCUCGACAGUCGAAUUCACGACUUCUUCCUCGAGCGGGCGGGCUGGAAUCCCUCCAAGAGCUUGCCCCAAUCGAAAGAGCACAUUGUGCAGGGUGCUGUGUAUCUCAUCGAUUUUAUGCUGGCAAUUAUUGUUCACCUAAUUCGACAAGAACAGGUGACCCCGCAGCUCUCUGAGAAAUUGCAGCCGCAGGUCCGCUGCAUGCAGCUGCAGCAACUAGUGAAUUCACUCCAGCAACAGAACCAAACAUCCCAGCAGCAAUUGCGCUCCGUGAAGGCUGAGAAUGAGAUGUUGGCCGACCGCAACCGGGCGCUAGAAUUCCAACUCAAGUCCUACGAACAGAUGUUUCGCUCACCCAAGCCUGAAUCUACGAGUCCUUCCAUGAUGGAAGUUCCGGAACACAAGCGCCUGAAGAAGGCGUUGCCCGGCAUGCGCGCUUUCUGCGAUGAGAUCGGGGCCUCUAUAGGACCUGAAUCUGGUGCAAUGCAGCCUGUCCACUUCCAUGAACCUUUGCCCAGCACCACAGCUCAGUCAUUCGGUAUCUCGUACCUGAACUCCACGCCCCCCGUUACUGGCCCUUCAUCCCCCGCAUUUCCUCCAUCGCUUCACUCCUCAUUCAGCCAUCCAUCAUCGAGAGUGCCAUCUAUGCGGGGCUCCCCUUGA